AUGGCCGCUUCGCACACCGCCGCGGCCCCCGUGGACACCACCCUGAACCCGCGGGUGGCGGCGCUGAAGCCCUCCAAGACCAUGGCCCUCACUGACCUGGCCACAAAGCUCAAAGAGGAGGGCGCCGACAUCAUUGGCCUGGCGGCGGGCGAGCCCGACUUUGACACCCCCGCCCCCAUAGUGGAGGCGGGGGUGGAGGCGCUGCGGCUGGGCCUCACGCGCUACACCCCCAACACCGGCACCUCGGCGCUGCGCAAGGCGGUGUGUGCCAAGCUGGAGGCGGAGAACGGGGUGCGGUACGACCCAGAUCAGAUCGUGGUCAGCAACGGCGCCAAGCAGUGCAUCUGGCAGGCGCUGCUGGCGGUGUGCGCGCCCGAGGACGAGGUCAUCAUCCCCGCCCCCUUCUGGGUCUCCUACCCCGAGAUGGCCCGCCUGGCGGGCGCCACCCCCGUGAUCGUGGAGGCCACGCCUCAGGAGGGCUUCAAGCUGACGCCCGCCUCGCUGCGCGCCGCGCUCAGGCCCCGCUCACGCCUCCUCAUCCUGUGCACGCCCUCCAACCCCACGGGAGCCGUGUACACCAGGGAGGAGCUGGAGGCGCUGGCCGAGGUGGUGGCGGAGCACCCGCGCCUGCUGGUGCUGUCGGAUGAGAUUUAUGAGUACAUCGUGUACCGCCCGGCAGCGCACCACAGCUUCGCCGCGCUGCCCGGCAUGUACGAACGCACGCUGACGGUGAACGGCUUCAGCAAGGCAUACGCGAUGACGGGGUGGCGCCUGGGCUACCUGGCCGCGCCGCGCCACUUUGCCAAGGCGGCGGCGGUGAUCCAGAGCCAGAGCACGUCUGGCGCCAGCAGCAUAGCGCAGCACGCGGCGGUCGCGGCGCUGGGCAUGGGGCCGCAGGGCGGGCCGCUGGUGCAAGACAUGAUUGCGGCGUUUGAGCAGCGCAGGGACUUUGUGACGCAGCGGCUGCAGCAGAUCCCGGGCGUGGGGCUGGCGGCGCCGCAGGGCGCCUUUUACGUUAUGCCAGAGGUGGCGGCCUUUGUGGGGCCGGGGGUGGAGGCGCGCGGCUGGGGCCCGGUGGAGGAUGUGGACGCGCUGUGCAGGUGCCGCACCCACUCCUCCCCGCCUGCCUGCCUUGCCCCCCCCUGCGCCUGCCUGCCGGCUCCUCAUCCUUUCCAUCUUUCUUUCUUGUUCUGCAGGUACCUGAUUGAGACUGCCAACGUGGCGCUGGUGCCUGGAGACGCCUUUGGGGCGCCCUCCUGCAUACGCAUCAGCUACGCCGCAUCCAUGGAGACCCUGGAGAAGGCGCUGGACCGAGUGGCGGCGGCGCUGGCCCUAGGCAACUUCACACGCGCCGGCUAG